AUGGAUCUUCUUCACAGCAAUGGAGUGCUUAUCAUUCAGCAUUUACAGAGGGACUACAGGGCUUACCAGGAUUUCCUUAAUUUUAUGUCACAUGUUGGUGAUCCCCGGAAUAUAUUUUCAAUUUAUUUUCCUCUUUGGUUUCAGCUCAACCAAGUGGUUGGUACUAAAAUGAUAUGGGUGGCAGUCAUUGGUGAUUGGUUCAACCUCAUAUUUAAAUGGAUUUUAUUUGGCCAUCGCCCUUACUGGUGGGUGCAAGAAACAAUGAUUUAUCCUAAUCAGUCAAGCCCAUGCCUUGAACAGUUUCCUAUAACAUGUGAAACUGGACCAGGAAGCCCAUCUGGACAUGCCAUGGGAUCAUCCUGCGUCUGGUAUGUAAUGGUCACAGCAGCACUUAGCUACACAGUUAGAUGGAAAGAUAAAUCAGCUGUUACCCUUCACAGCUGGCUAACAUGGUCAUUCCUCUGGAGUAUUUUUUGGAUUAUCCAGAUCAGUGUGUGCAUCUCAAGAGUAUUCAUAGCAACACAUUUCCCUCAUCAAGUUGUUCUUGGAGUAUUUGCUGGCAUUCUUGUGGCAGAAGCAUUUGAGCAUACCUCUGCUAUUCAAACAGCAAGCUUGAAAAUGUACAUCAAGACAAACUUGUUUCUUUUCAUCUUUGCCCUUGGCUUUUAUCUAUCCCUCAAGCUUCUUGAUAUUGACUUGCUAUGGUCUGUUCCAAAGGCCAAGAAGUGGUGUGCCAACCCAGACUGGAUAAACAUUGACACUACUCCAUUUGCUGGACUGGUGAGGAACUUAGGUGCACUGUUUGGUUUAGGUCUUGGAAUUAAUUCUGAAAUGUUCAUCAUGAGCUGCAAAGGUAAAAAUAGCUGCAGGAUAAGUUUUCGCAUAUUGUGUGUAGCUGCUUCUUUAGCUACACUGCAGCUGUAUAAUUUUGUUAAGAUACCUACUCAUACUGAGUAUUUGUUCUACAUUCUCUCUUUUUGUAAGAGUGCAGCUAUGCCUCUGACUGUGGUUGCCUUGGUUCCGUACUGUGUCCACUCGCUAAUGAGGACAACUGAAAAGAAACUUAAUUAGGUAAAGUUUCAAAAUGGUUAGCAAUGUGGGGAUGGAUGUGAACUGUUCAAGAUCCCUCUGCAAAGGCAGUUUUGCUAAUUCGUUUAAGCCAAGGGGAUGCCACUGCAUCUUUGAUGUGCUCCUGGUAAGUAACCAGUACAUCCAAAAUCAGUACACUCGAGAAUGACUUUGGCAGCUCAGAAAUAUUAGUUGCUGAUUUUAUUCCUAGAAA